AUGUCUUGGUCAGCAGAGGUCAUUCCUGCAGAGGCUCAGCAAGAGCCUUUUAUUCUAUCACCUAGCAUUACGUCCGCUUCGGACGGCGGUCCAGCCACAGAAAGCAGUCAUGGGGGAACUCCAAGCCCUACUCCCGCUGGCAGGUUCCCUUGGUCUUCUGACCGAAACAUCGAUGAGCCUAUCGCUAUUAUAGGAAUGGCUUGCCGGUUCUCACAGGCGAAUUCACCGUCAAAGUUAUGGGAUAUGAUCAGCUCUGGUAGAACUGGACACUCGAGCAUCCCAGAAAGAAGUUGGGCCCCCGAAGCAUGGUACCAUCCUUCAAGACAUCGUGCCGGUGGCAUUUGCGCUACCUCGGGUCACUUCCUCGACGAUGUCUCUGGUUUCGAUGCUCCGUUCUUCUCCAUCGCCGCCAACGAGGCCGCAGCCAUGGACCCGAUGCAACGGCUCGGGUUGGAAAUCGCGUACGAGGCAUUCGAGAAUGCUGGCAUUCCCAUGCAGAAACUUGCCAAGAGCACUACGGCUGUGUACAGCGGGGCGAUGACCAACGACUACCAGAUGCUUGCAGAAGCCGACCCAUACCGACUUGGUGUAAACUCCGCAGCCGGGACUGGCAAGUCUAUGUUGUCUAACCGGAUAUCGUGGUUCUUCGACCUUCAAGGCCCUAGUCUUACUGUUGAUACGGCCUGUUCUUCAAGCCUGUACGCCGUACACCUGGCUUGUCAGUCGAUACGAACGGGCGAGUCCGAUCAGGCAUUGGUGACCGGACAUAAUCUCAUAGUGAACCCGACGCUUUUCUCUCAACUUUCGGCCAUGCAUAUGGUCAGCCCCGAUGGUAUCAGUCACUCAUUCGACGCGGCAGCAAAUGGAUACGGGCGUGGAGAAGGCAUUGCGGGCUUGGUGCUGAAACGUCUUUCUUCAGCGCUCGCCGACGGCGACGUGAUCCGCGCCGUGGUUCGAGCGACAGGCGUCAACUCGGACGGGAAGACGCCUGGGAUCACCGUGCCGAGCGAAGAUGCCCAGGCUGAGUUGAUCCGGAGAGUCUACGAGGGGGCAGAUCUAGACAUGGCGCGGACCGCCUAUUUUGAAGCACACGGCACCGGAACACCGAAAGGAGACCCGAUCGAAGUACGUGCCAUACGCGCAACAAUCGCCGCUGCUCGGAAGCUUUAUCACGCGGGGCCACUCUAUGUCGGCAGCGUGAAGCCCAAUAUCGGCCACACCGAAGGUUGCGCCGGGCUGGCAGGCCUCAUCAAGACGGUGCUCUGUCUCGAAGCUGGCGUGAUCCCGCCGGUGGCAGGCCUACGCGAAAUCAACCCGGAGUUACUCGAACAUGAUUCCAACUUGAUUUUCCCAACUGUCGCUGUACCGUGGCCAGCCGCAGGGUUGAGGAGGGCGAGCAUCAACUCGUUCGGUUUUGGGGGCGCAAACGCUCACGUCGUUCUCGACGAUGCGCGGCAUCAUCUCGAAGGAAGCCAGAACAAUGGCCGACACAUCACCAGAACCUCUGACGAGAGCAUCUGCACACAACGGAAUACUGAAGCCGCGCUGAACUACGACCAGACGGAAACGCAACAGUUACUAUUCGUCCUAUCUUCUUUCGACCGCAAAGGACUCGGACGGAAUGCUAAAUCACUCGAAACCUUCUUGGCCGAGCACAAGACAGCUGGUCUCUCGGCAUUGGCGCACAUCCUGGCGGCAAAACGAACGGCUCACGCUUUCCGCGGCUUUGUCGUUGCGACGACACGAGAGGAGUUGGUGUCGAAGCUCCUGUCUGCUGACGGCCAUUUAACGCCGCUGCCUGUGCUUCGGUCCUCUCAGAACAGGCGACUCGUCUUCUUACUCACCGGCCAAGGUGCCCAGAGACCAGGCAUGGCGAAGGAACUUCUUACCACUUGCUCCGUCUUCCGAGAUAGCAUCGCAAGCAGCCAAAAGCAUCUGCAGAGCCUGGGGUGCGAGUGGGACCUCGCCGAUCUUCUAGUUCAGGCGUGUGCCGAGACUCUGAACGAUGCAAAGUACUCCCAGCCGGCUUGUACGGCAGUGCAGAUUGCCUUGAUCGAUCUUCUCCGUCACUGGGGUGUGGUUCCAUCGGCGGUAAUCGGCCACUCAUCCGGAGAACUCGCGGCGGCGUUUGCUGCGGGGGCCAUCUCUCACAAAGACGCCAUACGCGUGGCCUAUUAUCGUGGUUUUCUCUCAACCAAAAUCAGUUCACUGGUGGGACGACCUGGCGCGAUGCUUGCCGUCGGGUUGUCUGAACUAGACGCCAGUCGGUUCCUGGAAGAGAACGGCCUGGAUACCGAGAUCACGAUAGCCUGCGUCAACAGCCCGAGCAGUGUAACAAUGUCGGGUCCAUCUACGGCGAUAUCCCUAGCCGAAGAGGCUCUCCGCAAAGCCCAGAACUUUGUUCGACUGUUACGCACAGGGGGAGUCGCAUACCACUCUCCUGAUAUGAACGUCGUCGGUGAUGAAUUCUUUCGCUGCCUGGGGCCCUUGCAGUCAUCCCGAGACCGGUGUCUGCAAGUGCCCAUGUACUCGUCUGUGACGGAGCUCCGAGUAGAGGAUGCGAGAACUUUGACUCCAGCAUACUGGCAUCUGAACAUGACUUCACCGGUUCGGUUCGCCGGUGCUCUCCACAAUCUUCUCUCCUCCCGAGAUUUGGAUACGCAAGGGUGUCCGCCGGACACGCAGCACUGCACUGUUCUAGAGAUUGGACCUGCAAAGACGCUCGCUGGCCCGGUUACCCAAAUCAUGGCCAACAUUGAUGGACCUCAAAAGUCCGAAAGUGUCCCAUAUCUCUCGAUGCUAUCAGCCAAUGAAGACUCACGUCUUUCUACGCUGACUGCUGCCGGGAUGCUUUGGUCUCUUGGUGUACCCAUAGACUUGAACAAAGUCAACGACCUGGGAUCUUUCGUCCACAAGCGUCAACUACCGGAGCUGCCCAUUCUACCACCAUACGCGUGGAACCACGACAAGUCCUACUGGCAUGAUGCCAUGCCGGCCUUGGUCGGCCUUCGCGGGGACAAAACCCCACGCAUCGAUCUUCUUGGCACACCUGUGUUACCACGAAACCCGUUUGAGCCGGCAUGGCAUAACGUACUGCGGAUCAACGAGCUUCCCUGGCUCGUUGAUCACGUCGUCGAUGGGGCGGCGUUGUUCCCUGCGGCAGGUUACCUAGCCAUGGCCAUCGAGGCAGUCCGCAGUCUAGCUCGAGACCAGAACCAGCUUUUCUAUGGCUUCGAACUCAUGGACGUCACGUUUGAGAACAGCCUGAUGGUCAGCAAAGAUACGGAAGACGAGAACCAUAAAGGGCAAGCCGUUUCUUUGACGCUGAAACCGGAUACCCAUGAUGAUUGGGUCUUUGAGUUCGCCGUUUACGCUGUUUCGACCGUCCCUGAGCAAUGGCAAAGGCUGGCCAAAGGUACUGUUGUCGGCCUCAUUGCCGACAAGACUAAUGGAGGUGUGCCUGCGGACUUUGAGCAGCAAGAGCGGGAAAGACAAUGGCACAAUGAAAAGCGACCGCUUCUCCACAACAUCAAAAUGGCGGCAAACAAGCACGUCGAGACCAAGGCAUUCUAUGCUCAUCUUGCCAGUAUCGGCCUCGAAUAUGGUCCGACGUUCCAAGGACUGAAUGCCAUCCGCUGUACAACGGACAUGGAGCCUCAAGGACACGGCAAAGCCUUCGGAGAGUGCAUUGUCCCAGAUUCGCGGUCAACCAUGCCUGAGUCUUACGAGCACGACUAUCUCAUCCACCCUGCAACUCUGGAUAGCCUGUUCCAACUCGUUUUUGCGGCUUUGCAGUCCGACUCGCAUGGAGAAAUGACGCUGGCUUCGAUACCCAUCUCAGUCCGCAGAGUCUUUAUUGCUAGUACCGUGCCUCGUAGCUCGGGUGCUCGCCUCGUCGGGAUGGCUGCUUCAAAGCGCUUGGCCGACAAGAACUCGGACUCGAGGCAUGCGGAUACCAGCUCGUCAGACCUGACGUUUUGUGACGCAAGCUUUGAACGGCCUGCAGUUCUUGUCGAGGAAAUUGUGCUGCGUCAAAUACUAUCGCCCACGGCCUCGAGCCUAACUGAUAGCGAGGAUAUGGAGGAUUCCUCCUUCCAUCGUACCGGUAAAAUGGUUUGGAAGGAAGAUAUCGACCAGCCAUUAGGCAGAUGGCAAGCCCGGAUACUGCAAGAACCUUCUUUGACAGGAAGAACGGCUUUUAUUCUCGAUCGCUUUUGUCACAAACGAGCGCAUGCAAAGGUGUUGUGUCUGGGCUUUGCUAAUCCCUGGGACACUCUACUCGGGCAGACCGGCGCUUGUAUAGUCCCAAGCUUUCCGUCUAUGAAGCUGGAAGACUGCACGUCUUUUGACUCUUUGCAGGAGUGGGACAACGAGCUGAGACGCGAUAGCCGGCUACCUUCUCCAACGCCCGGGUCUCAUAAGUAUGACCUAGUGUUUCUAGACUCUGCUUCAUUCAACAAAGAGAAGUGCCCCGGCCAGACAUGGACAACUCAGCAAGACUGGAUGCUGUCAGCAGUUACGAAAACGUGCGUUGCUGAUGCAUGGUUGGUCAUUGUAUGUGACGACAGUAGCCACGCGGCAGCAGCUGAGCAGGUCUGGAGCAGCUUUUCGAGGCAGUCAAGUGUCACCACCAUUUUACUGUCCGAAUCAUCUGUAGCCAUGCUGCCAGGUAUUAACACCGAUCCCGUCGCGCCACUUACAAGAUACGCAACCGAUACGGCGGUGAAUCAUAGGGUUCACCGGUUGCUGCCAGAAUUGUGCCAAGAUGGCAUAGUUGUCAUUGGACCAGGACAUGACAACCGACCAUUGCAAUCCGGCAUCCGCAACUCGCUCCUUGACAAGCUUGCUUCACUCGGGAUCAAGUCUUCCUACAUACCACUUGACACGCUCACUUCCAACGAUUUACAACAGAGACCUGUGAUCUCCUUGGUGGAGUUUGGCUCACCGUUUGUUUACAACUGGUCCAAGAACGACUUAGAGAAAUUUCGCAUGCUGAUAUGCUCGGCUUCGCUUUUGCUUUGGCUGACAACUGCCGACUUCCGGUCGCCAUCAUCGGAGACAACCCUUCGCUAUGCACCCACAGUAGGCCUCCUCCGGACUAUACGGGCCGAAUUCCCAGAUCUGAAACUACCCCUUCUGGAUAUUUCAGCUGCAACAAGCCAAGACCGACCUGAGCAGGUGAUAAAGACAAUCCUGGAGGUACUUCAAAGCAACUUGGCAUACACCGCGCGAGAAAACACGGCCGAAGCUGGCUCUUUGCACAACCUAAUAAUGCCAGAGAGCGAAUACUCGGAGGUGGACGGGCGUCUGUUUAUUCCAAGGGUCUUGGCCCACGCCGAAUCGGACCGGUACAUUGCCGCUGAGACCUCCCUUCGUCGGCAAACUCAUCUCUUUCCUGCCAUGGUAGGGAAGAUGCAGGAGAUAGUUGCCUCAUCCCAGGAAAGUCACCAGCUCUGGGUCAGAUCCCGCAAUGGUACGAAGAACGCUUAUUGGGUUCUCCGGGGCCACGAAGACAGCCAGCCUGAAAGGAGGUACCUGUCGGACAUGUCAUCCGUCCGCGAUAUCGCCUCUAUCAGACUACAAUACGCAGCGACUCACACUUCCGAUAUGGCGGAGGCCAGUGAUACGAGUCCUUUCAUGGCAGUCAUGGCCCAGCAAACUGUCGGUGUUGUGGAGGGCUUAGCAGGAGACCGAAACACAGAUAUUUUCGGCAGUGUAGUCAGCCCCGGGGACGUCGUAUUCAGCAUCACACGGCGGCCAGUCCAGCCGAUGUUCUCCGAAGACAUUGGCAGUCUAAUUCGACUGCCCGAUGCCCUCGUUAAACUGUCGCCUGCCGUUGCCUACUGGCUUGGCCCGCUGUCCACGGCGUUUUACAUUCUCUCCAAGACGGCUGGUUUAUCCCCGGGCGACUCUCUGCUUGUUGACGUCGGCGACGACACAGUUCUACAAAGAGCUCUGCUCCAAGUAGCCAAGUGCCUAGGCGUUGGCAGGGUGUUUGUUGUCGCAGGAGAGCGAUGCUCGGAGCCAGUCCCAUCAUUCGAUAGCCCUACUGUGACACUUCCCCGACUCAGUCUCACAUCGGCCAGAUUGAUUCGGUCGGCCACAGGGGGUGUUAAUAUCGUCGUAUCCAAGCUAAGCAGUUUCGGAGUAGUCCGGCGAUUCUCUAUGGUUUUGGCCGACGAUGCUCGUGUGAUUGGUGUCAACUCCUUGAGCCAAGCUGAAGCUCUGAAGGGCUUGCUAUCCACGAUCAAAGGCAUUCAGUUCAUUGAUCCACACGACAUUCCGGCAUUCGACGUGAAAAUCAACCCCUCGUUUGAAAUGGCUCUCUCAACUGUAUUGCGUUGGAUUGAGCAGGGACGCAUUAGUCUUGCUGAGCCUCUCCAGCAGUUGCGGGCCGCGAAUGCAGCACUUGUUGCAAGAACCUUCACGUCCAACACGUCACCGCCAAAGCAUGGCGAAACAGCAAGAGUCCUGCUUUCGAUUGAAGCUUCCGAUGUGGCAGUUUUUCAUCGGCAGCACCCAGUGUCAACGCCGCAUCUGACCGGAUUUGACUGGAGAGAAACAACAGUUUUGGAUCCAAAAGGCACUUACAUCAUAUCUGGCGGCUUGGGUGCUCUUGGUCUGCCACUGGCAGAAAUGCUCUGUGAGCUUGGAGCUCGUAAACUUGUUCUCCUUUCACGUUCGGGGCACCCGACACAGCCCGACACGAUCUCUGUCCUCGAGGGACUGGAGGCGAGAGGGUGCUGUGUAGAGGUCGCGCAGUGCGAUAUCGCUUCCAAAGACGAUGUGGAAAUGCUAGCUCAGCGACUCAAGGAGCGUCAGGAUUUCUGUUUGCGUGGGGUUAUCCAAUCUGCCAUGGUGUUGGCGGACAGCACAUUCUCUAAUAUGACCAUGGAUCAAUGGCAGGCGGCAACAAAACCCAAGAUACAGGGCAGCUGGAAUCUGCAUAACCUCACAGUACAGUUGUCAAACCACAAGGCGGAAAACCGCAAGGAGGGAGGUCAGGGACUCGACUUCUUCAUCUUGAUGUCUUCUGUGUCCGGCGUCAUUGGCAACAGUGCUCAGGCCAAUUACUGCGCCGGCAACACAUUCGAAGACGCUUUGGCACAUUACCGUCGUGCCAAUGGAUUCCCGGCCACCAGCCUGAAUAUUGGUUUGGUAUCAGACUCUAGCCACUUUGGGAGGGGCACCAUGUCGAGUUACGGCAACGUUGACGAAUAUCUGGCCAUGUUUGGUCAUCUCGCUCCGGUGACGGUCACCACAGAAGAGAUGUUUGCUAGCGUCAAGAUGGUUUUAACCAUGUCUAGAUCGCGGUCCAACUCAGGUCAAUCGACUUCAUGCGAUAUUCCAACGCAACUGAUUGUAGGAAUCUCCGACCGUAUUCCACGUCACGAGGACCUAUUGAACAGAUGGCCGAUGGACCGCAAGUUUGAUCACCGCACUGCUUCGGAUGUGGCGGAUAGUCCGGGACAAGGAGCCGGGAAGCAAAGCAUCGGAAAAUUCGGAAUUCAGGAGAUGAUGGCUUCAGCGAAAGACAUUGGUGACGCCAGACGAUACGUUGAAGAGCUUUUGAGGAAGAAGGUAGCCCAGGCCACGGGCAUCGAAGUGGACAGCGUUGAUGCCGAGAGGAGUUUGGUGACAUUCGGCAUUGACUCGUUGAAGGCGACGGAGAUACGAAACUGGGUCACCAAAACCCUCAAGAGUGAAUUAUCCGUCUUUGAUAUCCUUUCGCCGGCACCGAUCUCCGCGUUGUCGUUGACAAUUUCAACACGGAGCAAGAUGUUUGACAAAUUUAGAGACUCGAAGGAUGAUUGA